AUGCGUCAGUUGCGAGACUGGGCGGUUGUCUCAGUAUGUCUCGUCGGUAUCGUAUCCUCAUCAGCUGUGCCAAAGCCAAAGGGGAACCCGCCCACAGUAGACGUGAUUAAUGGCACCUACUAUGGUGUUCGCAACCACUAUUACGACCAGGACUUCUUCCUGGGCAUGCCUUUUGCCCAACAACCCACUGGAGAUCUUCGUCUACAGACACCGCAAUCGCUUAACACCUCAUGGGCAGAGCCGAGAAACGCUACCGAAUACUCCCCAAUUUGUGUAGGCUACAACCAGACCGUUGGCGCCUCUGAAGCCUGUCUUACCCUCAAUGUUGUCCGUCCGAGCGGGGUUUCGUCUAUAGACAAUCUGCCCGUGGCAGUUUGGAUUUACGGAGGUGGUUUCACUUCAGGAAGCUCUGCCAACCAGGAAUAUAACCUCUCCUUUAUUGUCGACCAGUCAGUGCAGAUGGGCACGCCGAUGAUUGCAGUCAGUAUGAACUACCGUCUCCAUUGCUGGGGUUUCAUGUGGAGCAAGGAAGUCAAAGAUGCUGGUGUUGCCAACCUGGGCUUCAGAGAUCAACGCCUUGCAUUGCACUGGGUACAGGAGAAUAUCGCUGCGUUUGGUGGUAAUCCAAGUAUGGUAACAAUCUGGGGCGAAAGUGCCGGUGCCAACAGUGUUGGAACCCAGCUCAUUGCUCAUGGCGGACGAGACGAUAAAUUAUUCCGUGCAGCCAUCAGUGAAAGCGGUGCACCAAGUACCUAUUACCGAUACCAAACAACUGAGGACUGGCAGCCAUUCUAUGAUGCCAUCGUGGAAGCAGCCGGCUGCAGCUCAGCGCCUGACACUUUGUCAUGUCUCCGGACGAUUCCCACUGAUACCCUGCAUAACAUUUUCGACAACUCAUCCGUUGUGCCUGUUCAUACUUUGGCCGGCCAAGCUGGACCUCAGUUCGUGCAAGUCAUUGACGGUGACUUUAUUCAAGAGAGUGCUACCAGACAGCUCCAGCAGGGCAAGUUCGUCAAGGUCCCGUAUCUCAUUGGUGGAAAUGCAGACGAGGGAACCAGCUUCGGCAUCAAGGGUAUCAACACCACUGCGCAGUUCAACGAAGUAAUCACCGACUGGGGUCUCAGUAAUGCCACUGCGGAUAUUUUAGCUGCGCUGUACCCAGAUAUUCCCGAGAUCGGCAUUCCUGCGACUAUGAUAGGAAGACCUCCUGCAGGAUACGGGUAUAUGUACAAACGUGUGACUGCAUUCCAGGGCGACGUUAACAUUCACGCAGCCCGUAGAUUGGCCAGCCAGGUUUGGCGUCAGCACGGGGUACCCGCAUACAGCUACCUUUUCGACGUUAUUAACAACGGAGCUGGCCCAGAUGUCGGCGCUAACCAUGGCUCUGAAAUUGCUUACGUCUUCAACAAUGCGGAAGGUGCUGGCUAUGCUGCUGGCAGCCAGCCCAUGGCUGGUAAACCCAAAACUUAUUCAGAACUUUCCACAAUGAUGUCGAGAAUGUGGAUUAGUUUUGUGACAAGUUUGAACCCGAAUUACUCGAGCCGUGUCAAAGUCCACUGGCCGCAGUACGAGUUGGAUAAUCCUGAGAUUAUCGUCUUCGACACCAAUGCUACUCAUCUCAGCUAUGUCGUGCCGGAUGUUUACCGUGCGGAGGGUAUUAAAUACAUCAGUGACAACUUGGCUUCCUUAUUCGGGCAUUAG